AGGAGAAGCAGUAGGGCCAUGGCAGUACAGGGAAGGUGUAAUUUUUUUAAGAACCGCAUUUACUUGGCAGCUGAUUCUGAUCUCAUUCAGGAUAUUUUGGCCCAAUUCCAUGACAGCACUCAUGAGGGGUAUUUUAAGACACUUCAAAGGCUGAGAUUAAAUUUCUAUUGGAAGGGAUUAAGAAGAGAUCUCAAGCGAUACAUAAGAGAAUGUGAGACAUGCCAGAGAAAUAAGGCUGAUCUAUCCCUUCCCGCUGGUCUUCUUCAACCUCUUCCAGUACCUGCACAAGUAUGGGAAGAUCUUUCUAGGGAUUUCGUAGAAGGUUUACCCAAUUCAGGUGGCAAGACCAUAAUAUAUGUAGUGGUUGAUCGGUUCUCCAAGUAUUCGCAUUUCAUGGCAAUUGCUCAUCCCUAUUCGGCUGUCCAUCCAGAAGGAAAAUAUGUUGUCGAUAUUGAUAAAAAUAUUGACAUUACAAAGAUUACUCCGUCAACUAGAGUUGCCCUCCGCAAUGACAGUUACGUUCUUCAUUUAGUUCUGCCUAGCAAAGUUGAUCCAUUGGUCAACCUGAUGAAAGUUGAAAAGGUUCCCGAUUCUACAUAUGACAUGAUUGGUGGUUUAGACCAGCAAAUCAAAGAAAUAAAAGAGGUCAUUGAGCUACCAAUUAAACAUCCUGAGCUGUUUGAGAGUCUAGGAAUAGCACAACCAAAGGGUGUCCUGCUCUAUGGUCCCCCUGGUACAGGAAAAACUUUGUUGGCUCGGGCAGUGGCUCAUCAUACUGAUUGUACAUUCAUCAGGGUGUCAGGUUCUGAGUUAGUUCAGAAAUACAUUGGAGAAGGUUCUAGAAUGGUCAGGGAACUUUUUGUUAUGGCCAGGGAGCAUGCUCCAUCAAUUAUCUUCAUGGACGAAAUUGACAGUAUUGGAUCAGCCCGUAUGGAAUCUGGAAGUGGUAAUGGUGAUAGUGAGGUACAGCGCACUAUGCUGGAACUUUUGAACCAGUUGGAUGGAUUUGAAGCUUCAAAUAAGAUCAAGGUUCUGAUGGCCACAAAUCGGAUUGAUAUCUUGGAUCAAGCCCUCCUUCGACCUGGACGGAUUGACCGGAAGAUUGAAUUUCCAAACCCUAAUGAAGAGUCGCGGCUAGAUAUUCUGAAGAUCCAUUCAAGAAGAAUGAAUUUAAUGCGUGGCAUUGAUUUGAAGAAGAUUGCUGAGAAGAUGAAUGGAGCAUCUGGUGCUGAGCUUAAGGCUGUGUGCACAGAAGCUGGAAUGUUUGCUUUGAGGGAGAGGAGGGUACAUGUGACACAGGAGGAUUUUGAGAUGGCUGUGGCCAAGGUGAUGAAAAAGGAAACCGAGAAAAAUAUGUCAUUGCGGAAGCUGUGGAAAUGAUUUUUAUUUCAUGUUUCUGGUGCUUAUUGUCCUACGAGGAUGGACAGAAAACUCACAGUAGGGUUGUUUCAAUUUACAGUCACACUGGCUUUCAUUUUGAUAUGUUGACUGAGUUAUGUACCAAAUCAUGAUUCUUUCCAUUUAAGUUCUUCCUUGUCUGUGUC